GGCCCAGUCCGGCCCUAGAUCGUCCCAGGUUCCCUGCCGAGCCCCGAGCUCCGAGCAUGGCUCCCUACGAGGAAGUGCGCGUGUCGGGCUUCGGCGACUUCUGCCGGGCGGUGGAGGAGCGCGGGGGCAAGACCAUCUUCGCCUACUUCACGGGCUCCAAGGAUGCGGACGGCCGCAGCUGGUGCCCGGACUGCGUGGAGGCCGAGCCCGUGGUCCUGGAGGCCCUCAAGCACAUCGGGGACGACGCGGUGUUCAUCUACUGCCAGGUUGGGGAGCGGCCCUACUGGAAAGAUCCCAACAAUGAGUUCAAGCAGAAGCUGAACCUGACCGCAGUGCCCACCCUGCUCAAGUACGGGACGCCUCAGAAACUGGUGGAGGCCGAGUGUCUGAAAGCCAGCCUGGUGGAGAUGCUAUUCACUGAGGACUGAAGCCAUCCCAGCAGCCCCUGGGGCUGCACUCUAAAGGAAUCUCCUGCCUGAUCGCUUUGUAGUAAUGUUAACAAAAAUAAUGUUUGGAAAGUUCUGCA